CUAAGCAAUGUAUGGACUCCGACCCAUAUAAGCGACCUAGUGCUAAAGAUAUUAGUUCAAAACUGUCAAAAUGGCGCAUGAUUGUGAUGAAUCCCUCAAUAGCUCGCGGAGAAUCAGAUAUUAUAAGGAGUUUUAUUUCUGCUGAUGAUGAGAUCAAAACAACGAAAAUUACAUUACCAAAUUAUCAAAGCUCAAUGUAUACUAGCAGAUUAAUAAAUACUAAAGAGAUUAAACUAGCAUAUGAAUCUGCUAAAUUCAGAGAUUCGAAAAUGUAUGAUCUUAGUGUAUAUGAUCUGUGCCAGUGUCAUUGUC